CUUCCUGGUCAAGAAGGCUAGCGGGCACAGGGAAAUUCAAAAUAAAAGUGUACACGCUUUGCUCGCGUUCUGAAACGGCAGCACUGUUCCUUCAAAACUUUUAUUUUGAAAGCAACAAGUAAUUCGACUAGGAAUUGAUUUGCAACGUUUCCAAAACGAAACGAUUUUGGGAACAGUCUUAACAACAAAAGGGGGUUCAAAGGUUUACUUCCUCAACUUGCCGGUACAUGUCCAGCACGUCGGUGGGUGGGCAGGUGUGAUUAUUAUUCAUGAGUGGGAGUUUAAACGGUGUGGCGGGCUAGCAGCCGGACACUGACCUCCUGAUGGACGGAGAUCAGCUGCAGCCUGGCAACAGAUGUUUACAGAGUUUCCCCAAGCUGCCGCUGUGGAUCAUCGAGCAUGUUUGGGCUCACAAACUCAUUGAUCUACAGGAAGUUGUGACCUCGUCAAAAUGGCCAGAAAUCAACUCACAACCUCUUAGCCUUGAAGAUUCAUGGAGGUUGCGUGUUGGCUCUGCUCAGGUGUAUUUCAUGGUGAAGAACAGGGACACGGAGCAGUUUGAGAGAGCGCUGGAAUUUCUGGAAGCAACUUUCAGCCUUCUGCCGGGACUGGUGGCUCCCAUCAAACACAUGAAGAUCAUGUUUGGCCUUAAAACCAUGGUCAUUAUUCAGAUGCUGAGGGAGGGCCGAGGAACGGUUGACACAGUGUUUAAAAUCAACCAGUUCUUCCCAGGGAAACUACCUCAGUACCAAAACCAAUGUAACCAACACCAAAUGUUCCUAAUGAAGAAGAACCAUCUGGAAUUCAAGAAUUUUGCACAAGCGCUAGCAAUGGACAAGGACAAACUUAAAGAUUAUGUCGAGAAUCAGAUGGAGGAGCAGUACGGCGAGCAUUAUGCUCAAAAGGUAGAGGACAGGCUGCUGCACUAUCUGCACAGGCUGGAGACGAUGCUGCCAGGAGAUACCUACGUGGAUAAGAUACUAAUGAAAAACAGUCCUGUGACUGAGGAGGAGAAGCUGUUGGUGGAGGUUGUGACUUCUGCCCCGCUGACCAUAGCGACAACUCUGAAGAAACUGCUGCAUUGUGAUGUUGCUUCCUGUUGUUCAGAGAUGGAUUCUGAGUCAUCAGAAAAUGGAAAGAAUGAAAUGGAGAGCUCACAAUUCAUAAAGUCUGCUCUGCAUGGAAGCUCCUCAAGGGCUCUUCUUAGGUCAGUGGAAACCAAAAGACACCUGCAUGAGACUGACCAAGGUGUGUCUAAGGACAGCUGUUUUCUGUUGGAGAAUGACAAUGGCUCAGGUUUAAGGAGAUGUCAACAAACAGAGGAAAACUGUGAGGUUGUCAAAAGGAUAGAUGAAGAGAGCAAUAAUGAAGAAAAGGUGGAAACAGGACAGAGAGGUAUUGAAGGUGCUCAGAAAGCCACCUCCUUUCCUCAGUUCUGCUCCAAACACCAGCGAUGGGUGAAGAGCAUCCUGCAAGCGUGUCCAAACGAGUGCUCCCAAGAGUUGCAGCUUCAGUCCAAUGUUUCUUCAUCUCCUGCACUGUUCCUGUCAUCCUCAUCCGGCUCUUCAUCAGGGGAUCUCACUCCUUCUGGCCUCAUCCCAUUAGCCCCUGACCAACAGCAUCCACCAUCACAGACAUCCAUCAUGGCAUCUGAACAAGCAAAUCCUGAAAAUAAUCAGACCUCUGGAUCGACUGUAACAUCUGGGACUGAACCUCGACAUACAAGUGAUGCUCUGCAGCUUGGGCUGUUGUCACCAGUAGUUCGAUUGAUAGACAUUGCCACAAUCAGAGGAUUCUCCCCUCACUUUAAAUGGCAAAAAGCACUGCCAACUCGAAAGCUAACCUCAAGGGAUGACGCCAUGCAUCGCAAAACACUGAAAUACUCCUUAUUGAACCAACCAAAAGCCUUGGAACGAAAAACUCCUGAAUACACAACACAUGAAGUACAAUCAGCCCCUGUAACUGGGGAUGUAUCCACUUCUACCUACUGUUGGCAAUUUACUAGACAGCAUUCUUCUCGACCUUUGAGGAAGUGCAGACUGGCUUGUCCUUCUAACAUCUAUGCAGCUCUACAGACUGGGGACAGAGUCAGUCGAAGCACUUUAGCCCAAACCACAUGUCCAAACAGUUUUCCACUCCUGCGUCAAGAAUUGAAUACCUCUGUUACUCCGACAAAAGACUCUAUGACCUCUACUUCUCAAUCAGGGACUCUAAACACAACACGUCCUGCUAACCAAAUCCCUUUAAACACUGAAUCAUCUCAACAAGUUGUCCUUCAAAACUCCAUCAAUUCUCAUCCCGAAAGACACACUAUCACGACACACGUCCCAGUCGUUUCCACUUCCUCAAACUCAAAUUCUCUCUCUGUCAGCCCUGAGACCAGCAGAGCCCAAAGAGCAGAGCUAAGGUUGUCGCUGAAUAGUCAGGCCAUGCUCCUGCAGUCCAAGCUGCUACAGCCGUAUGUGAGUCUUGUCAGGCUGAGCAGGCAGGAGUGCUUUGGAGGGAGCAUCUCCUCAACUGGACAUGUGGAGGCUGUGGUCCAAGACAGCAAUGGUGAUAAUAGUGAGGACUACAGGAUGGAGGCAGGGGAGGAUGCAGAUUCAUCCUUUGAUGUAAAUGUUCUUUACUCGAGCUUCUCGUCAAGCAGUGACAGAGAGAACCCGCUGGAUUGCGACCCUGACUACAAACCUAGCAGGAAGAAGAAAAUAUUUUUUCUAGAGUAUGAGACUGCAAGGAGCAUGAAUCUCAUAUGAGGGUUGUUACAUAUUUAUUAAGUGUGAACAACUUUUUCAGACCUAUGCUCUUACUGAAUUUUUUGAUAUAUGUGCCAUUGCCAAGGUGUACACAGGACUAUAAAUGUCAGUUUUCAGUUUGCUCUGGUGAAAGACGUAUUUCUGAAUAUAGUUUCUACAUUACCCAUAUACCACAGUGUGCCUUAACAGCAGUGUGCUGAAGAUCAAAGUCAAAACCUGAACAUCAAAAUAAAAGAGUGGCAAGAUCCCUAUCCUUCAA